CAGGUCGACAAUGAUCCUCACCAGAAAGGUAAAAGAGAAAUUAUAUUGUCGGUCGUAUGUGAGUGCCCUCCAGGAGAAGUUUCACGUGUGCAGCACAUUGACGAAAAAGAAGAUGAGGCACAAGGAAAGAAAGGCUACGAGAAGAAGGUGCGUGGCAAGCUUAAAAAUGUUAUUGUGAGGAGAAAGAACGGCAAGUACUUGGUUGAGGUGGCGCGGUUAUUUGAGUCAAUCCCGCAACUUAUAAAACACUAUCGAGAAACACCAGGAAAGCUAAAUAAGAUAUCAUUUAUUUUGAAAUACCCAAUAAAACAACAACCUUGGGAAUACAACCACAGCGAUGUUCAACAAGGAAAACUGUUGGGAGAAGGAGCGUUUGGCGAGGUUCGAGCUGGAACCUUGAAGCUGAAAUCAGGGCGGACAGCAGAAGUCGCUAUAAAAGUUACCAAAGGAUGUUCGGAUAUCGGGAAGGCGAAGAUCAAAGAAAUGAUGAAGGAGGCAAGGCUGAUGAGAAAUUUCAGGCAUAGAAACGUUGUGCGGAUCUAUGGAGUUGCGGUGGAUGAACAACCUCUCUACAUCAUUCUUGAACUUGUUAAAGGAGAACGCAACAAGGUAGAAGUGAAGGACAAAUUGGACAUGUGCCUUGGAGCUGCGUUGGGUGUGGAGUACUUGCACAAUAAUCAGUGCAUGCAUCGAGAUUUGGCAGCAAGAAACUGUCUCAUAACCCAUGACCGCAUAGUGAAAAUCAGCGAUUUCGGGCUUUCGCGACUGGGUGUGCAGUACAAACUGAAGACAGCAAUGAAGCUACCUAUUAAAUGGCUUGCACCGGAAACAAUCACCACAUUCGUAUUCUCGCUAAAGACGGAUGUGUUCAGCUUUGGAGUGAUGGUGUAUGAAAUUUUUGCAGACGGCGCUGAACCGUGGGAUGGACAAACUAAUGCAGAAGUCAAAGUGGCGGUGAUUGAGGGCAAAUGCGUGACCUUUCCAAAAUGUACGCCAGAAAAGCUGAAGAAAUUCUUUGUGGAACGAGUAUUCGCGAAAAAUCCAGCGAACAGAGCUACAAUGACAGAAGUCGUCAAACUGCUACAAUCCUGUGGAGCCAGCACUGCAGGCACCGUCACCUCUCAGAUGUCCGAAGUGAGAGUUGCCUCAUAG